CUGACAUCCCGUAUCACCCCACCCUCUAUCUCUCUCUCCCUCUCCUCCUUUCUUUCUCUCUCUCGCCCCACCCUCCCACCACCUUAUUAUACCCACUACCCCAUUAUCACUGUCACGGUUUAUUCCUCUCUGUGUUUGGAUGAAUGAAUAAAAAUGCUCUAAUCUUCUUCUCCGGAGCUCUGUAUGUGUGUUGAACAUGCAUCUCUGUCAUGAAAGGAGCCUCCUUUUUCUCAGCAUUUUCGUGGCUUCGGCGGGUAUUUCUCUGUGUUUUGAAGGGAGGAACCCGGAAGUUGAAGCUUUAGUAGCCUUAAGGAAUGACUUGAAUGAUCCCAAUGGAGUUUUGAAAAAUUGGGAUGUGGAUUCUGUGGAUCCUUGCAGUUGGGCUAUGAUAACUUGUUCUCCUGAUAAUCUAGUCACUGCAUUGAUAGCACCAGGUCAAGGUUUAUCAGGGACAUUGUCUGGGGUUAUAGCAAACCUCACAAAUCUCAAACAAAUGUUGUUACAAAACAACAAUAUAUCAGGCCAUAUUCCAAAAGAGAUAGGCAAACUCCCCAGUCUUCAGACUUUGGAUCUAUCCAAUAAUGAGUUCUCGGGUCAUGUGCCAGAAACACUGGGCCUCUUAAACAAUCUGCAGUAUUUGAGGUUGAACAACAAUAGCUUGUCCGGGGUGAUACCUCUGUCUUUAUCUAGGGUCCCCAAACUUGCUUUCUUGGAUCUAUCUUACAACAAUUUCAGUGUACCAGUGCCAACAUUUACAGCUAGAACAUUCAAUAUUGUGGGCAAUCCCUUGGUUUGUGGAAGCCUCUCUUCCGGGACAUGUAAUGGGUCGUUAAAUACGACUCCUCUUUCAAUCAUUUUAAAUACAACUGGGGGAAGAAAUGUCUCAAAAAGACUUGCCAUUGCACUUUCAGUCAGCUGUAGCUGUGUCUCUCUUUUUCUCUUGGCAAUGUCAUUUAUCUUUUGGAAAAGAAGCAAUCGGAGAAAGCUGUCCAUUCUUAAUGUUAAUGAUCUGCCAGAUGAGGAGCUAGUAAAACUGGGGAACUUAAGAAGCUUCGGUUUCAAAGAGCUUCAACUUGCAACUGAUAACUUCAGCUCCAAGAACAUUCUAGGCGCUGGUGGAUUCGGCAAUGUUUACCGGGGGAAGUUCGGCGACGGGUCACUGGUGGCGGUUAAGAGACUUAAGGACAUUAAUGGGACGGCCGGGGAGUCACAGUUCCAAACAGAGCUUGAACUUAUAAGCCUGGCGGUUCACAGGAACCUGCUCCGCUUGAUCGGUUAUUGCGCCACUCCAACGGAACGGCUUCUCGUCUACCCAUACAUGUCUAAUGGUAGUGUGGCUGCAAGACUUAGAGGGAAACCGCCUCUAGAUUGGUAUACAAGGAAGAGAAUUGCAAUAGGAGCAGCGAGAGGUCUUCUUUAUCUUCACGAACAAUGUGAUCCAAAGAUAAUCCACAGAGAUGUGAAGGCAGCUAAUGUGCUGUUGGAUGAGUACUAUGAAGCCAUUGUUGGGGACUUUGGGCUUGCAAAGCUCCUUGAUCACGCCGAGUCUCACGUCACCACAGCUGUUCGUGGGACUGUUGGGCAUAUCGCCCCUGAAUACCUCUCCACCGGUCAAUCAUCUGAGAAAACAGACGUCUUUGGUUUUGGGAUUUUGUUGGUUGAGCUUAUAACAGGAAUGCGAGCUCUUGAGUUGGGAAAGUCUGUUAACCAGAAGGGUGCUGCACUUGAAUGGGUAAAUGAAAUGCAAAGGGAGAAGAACUUUGAUGCCCUGGUCGAUAGAGAACUGGGGAGCAACUAUGACAAGAUUGAGGUCGGGGAGAUGCUACAAGUCGCCAUUCUGUGCACUCAAUAUCUGCCUGCGCACCGCCCGAAGAUGUCUGAGGUGGUUAGGAUGUUGGAAGGAGAUGGUCUGGCUGAAAAAUGGGCAGCUUCACAUAACUACGACCGUCACACACCCCUCCACUUAUCUAAGGUCCCGGGGUAUGAUGACAAUGAUUAUGACCAUAUACCCAUCUUCGGGACGAUGAUGGAUGAUGAUGGCUAUGAUGCACAUGCCAUGGAGCUUUCAGGUCCUAGAUAAAUUAAAUCACUGAAGUAGAUAAAGUUAAUUCUUGAUAUAAUCUUUACUUGGUAAAUUCUUAACCGAUUAAAUGCUAUCAAUCCUUAGUUUUAGCUGAAAAGCAGUAGUGAAAAAGGCAGAAAAUCCAACUUCCUAUUCUCUUUGCUUUACUUUUUUCCCACUACUCUCCCAUUGUCUUUUGGGAAAUGGCAACAUGCCUUCUUUGUGGUUG